ACGGCGGGGGCCGAUGAUUGGCUGCUGCAGACAUCACUCACCAGGUCCUUGGGAAAAGGGGGGCGGUUGCUCUUGUCGGCUCGCGUUUGUGUCUGGACCUGGUUUGGAAGCUGCAAGAAGCCAUGCCUAAAAUGGCUCACCAGAGAACAUAUUUAAUGUUGGAGAAUUACAUCGGUGGGAAAUUUGUGCCGUGCUCCAGACACCUCGAUUCCUAUGAUCCGUCCUCCGGAGAGGUAUAUUGCAGAGUACCAGACAGUGGCACGGAGGAGGUGGAUGCUGCUGUAAAUGCUGCCAAAGAUGCCUUCCCUGCAUGGUCAGCCAAGAGUCCUUUGCAACGUUCGCAGAUACUCCAUAAGCUGGCAGAUCUGAUAGAAGCUCACCUGGAAGAAUUUGCUCAAGCAGAAUCAAAGGAUCAAGGAAAAACAAUAACUGCAGCCAGAAGCAUGGAAAUACCUCGAGCAGUUUAUAAUUUCCAUUUCUUUGCCUCAACUAUCCUCCACCACACAACUGAAUGUGCAGAGAUGGACCAUAUGGGCUGUACAAACUUCACCACGCGGACUCCAGUGGGAGUAGCUGGCCUCAUCAGUCCCUGGAACUUACCACUGUAUCUCUUGACCUGGAAGAUAGCUCCAGCCAUUGCCACAGGCAACACUGUGGUUGCCAAACCUAGUGAAAUGACGUCAGUCACUGCUUGGAUGAUGUGCAAGCUCUUGGAUGAAGCAGGCGUUCCACCUGGUGUUGUGAACAUUGUGUUUGGGACCGGUCCUAGGGCUGGGGAGGCAAUUGUCUCUCACCCUGAUGUGCCACUAAUAUCCUUCACUGGGAGCACAUUGACUGCUCAGCGAAUCCGAGAGAGGAGUGCUCCAUUCUGUAAGAAGCUCUCUUUGGAACUAGGAGGGAAGAACCCAGCCAUUAUCUUUGAUGAUGCAAAUCUUGAUGAAUGUGUUCCAACCACUGUGAGAUCCAGCUUUACUAACCAGGGUGAAGUCUGCCUGUGUACAAGUCGAAUUUUUGUGCAGAAGAACAUUUACAAUCAGUUCUUGGAGAGGUUUGUGGAGAGUGCCAGAAAAUGGAAGGUUGGCAUUCCUUCUGAUCCAACUGUCAAUAUGGGUGCUCUAAUUAGCAAAGAGCAUCUAGAAAAGGUAAAGAGCUAUGUCAAUCUAGCCAAGAAUGAAGGAGCUAAAGUCCUCUGUGGUGAAGGGAUUGAUUCCUUGGAAGUUCCUGAUAAAAACAAAAUGGGCUAUUUUUUAUUGCCCACAGUAAUCACGGAAAUAAAGGACAGCUCACGCUGUAUGCAAGAGGAGAUCUUUGGUCCAGUUACCUGUGUAGUUCCCUUUGAAACUGAAGAAGAGGUUAUUCAGCGAGCAAAUAAUGUGAAAUAUGGCUUGGCUGCUACUGUGUGGUCCCAAGAUAUAGGCCGCAUAUAUCGGGUUGCCAAGAAGCUUCAUACCGGCAUGGUAUGGACUAAUUGCUGGCUUAUUCGUGACUUGAAUUUGCCGUUUGGUGGUGUGAAAGCCUCUGGAAUUGGCAGGGAAGGGGGCAAAGACUCAUUUGAGUUUUUCACAGAGGUCAAAACUAUUACUAUAAAACACUGACUCUUCACACAUAAUGAGUGAGUGAUACACUAGCUUAAAAAAUAAUUGUUUUAAAUGCAAAAAUAAAUAUAGGAAAAUGUUAUUUAAAUUAUAUCCAUCAGUUGUAAUUGUGUGGAAUGAUGGGCAGAGAAAGAAUAGCCGUGCCUCAGCGCUGAGCACAGAGAUAUAUUUACAUACAUGUAUUAACAUCAAUAUUUCAAGAAACAUAGGCCUCCAAGAGGAUAAACUGACAUCUUCCUGCCCUCUGAGCCUCCUCAAGGAAUAGAGCAGGGGAAGGAAUACCAUUAAACAAUAAUUCAUAACUAAUAGUAAUGCUUUAUCAGAGUGAUGUUACUGUGAUUCUUAGGAACAAUCAUGUUGUACUAGUCAGGUACUGAUCUGCAGUGUUGGCCAUACAUUGUGAGAAGAGGCAAAGCCUUAAGAAUA